GGUGACCACUCCUCCCGCUGCUUCCCUGCGCGGCCACAAACAGCCGGGAGUCUGCCCACAUUCCUGCGAACUGCGGCAGGGUGCUGCUCCCCAUUUCUCAGGAGGAAAAGCUCUCUUGGAAGAGCUGGAAAGAUAAGAAAACCGAGGCCCAGAGAGGAGGGAGAGAGCCCAACUUGAGUCUGCAGUCCAGCGUUUUCUCUGCUACUCUGCAGUGAAAAUAGCAAUUCAGCUACCCUUAGAGACUGAGUGGCAGUCAGGCUUCAGAUCCAGCCAGUGCCCGACUCCAGCCAUGCUGGCGCUGCUCUGUGCCUACCUGCUCAUGGCGACACACGCCUCGGAAGCCUGGACCAACCCAGACCCGCAGGACCCCGGCUUCGGCAUGGAGGAGCAGAUCCGCGACAUGCACGCCAAAGUGACGGAGAUCUGGCAGGAGAUGAAGCAGCGGCGGGCGGCGAGUGGCCAAGAUGCUGCGCUGCACGCCGCCUGCCGCGUGCUGCCGUCGGCCGCGCUGGCCGCGGCGCAGCCCCGGGUGAGGGGCCUCGUGCUCUUCCGGCAGCUCCGGCCCGGCGCCCUGCUCGAGGCCUUCUUCCACCUGGAGGGCUUCCCGACCGAGCCCAACGUCACCAGCCGCGCCAUCCACGUGCACCAGUUCGGGGACUUGACCCAGGGCUGCGACACCACCGGGCCGCACUACAACCCGCUGGGGGUGCCGCACCCGAAGCACCCGGGCGACUUCGGCAACUUCGCCGUGCGCGACGGCCAGCUCUGGAAGUACCGCUCCGGCCUGAACGCCUCGCUCUGCGGGCCGCACGCCAUCGUGGGCCGCGCCGUGGUGGUCCACGAGGGCGAGGAUGACCUGGGCCGCGGCGGCAACCAGGCCAGCGUGGAGAACGGCAACGCGGGCCGCCGGCUGGCCUGCUGCGUGGUGGGGCUGUGCGGGCCCGGGCCCUGGGCGCGCCAGGCGCAGGAGCACGCCGAGCACAAGAAGCGGCGGCGCGAGAGCGAGUGCAAGACCAGCUGAGCGCCCUCCUGCCGCGGCCAGAGAGCCCCCUCCACCUGCCCCGGGACCCCCUCCAAGCCCCGACACCCCUCCAGGCAUCCGGGAUCCCCUCCAUGUGCCCCAGGCCCUUCUCUAGGGACCCCAGGAUCCCCUCUGUGCCCUGACACCCCUGUAAGCACCUGAGACCCCUCCAUGCUCUCUGGAAUCCCCUCCACACCCUGACACCCCUCCAAGCGCCCGAGAUGCCCUCCGUGUGACCCAGGACCUCCUCUGUCUAUCCCAGGAUCCCUCUAUGCCUUGACAUCACUCCAAAAACCCCCGGACCCCUCUACACCCUGACACCUCUCCAAAAGCCCAAGAUCCCCUCCAUGUGACCCAAGUCCCCCUCCCCACCCCCAUCUUGAUUUUUCUCCUGCUCCCAGAGACACUCUCCAUCUGAGGUACCACUUCUGCCAUGGCUGAGAUCCCCCCAAAUCCCUUCCAUCUUAAGGCCUCCAACCAUGUGCUGAGACAGCCUCUUUCAUCCUGAGGGCACCCCGAGCUCUGAGGACCCCCAGAGAUACUGAAAUACUCCCAUUUACCCUGAGGGUCUUCCAGACUCCCUGGGGUCCCUUUCCACCCUGACACCCCCCACCCCCACUCCCGCUUGGAGACCCCCUCUUGGGCUUGCCCAGCACUCCCACCCCCAGCAUGUGCAGCCUGCACUUAGGAGCCCCUGCCCAGUGUCUCCAGCUAUUCCCCCCACCCCUGCCCCAGAGAGCUGCUCCUUUGGGGGCUGUUUGACAGUCUUUGUGUUGCACAUUAAAAGCUCAGCAAUUCAGUACUGCA